GUAACGCCAAAGACGCCCUGGGGUUCAUUUUGCGGCUUUAGCUCAUUUAUCUGAUGAUUUAACUUGCUAUAUUUCGAUUUAUAGACGCAACAAUGUCUAGAAAGAGACAAAAAGAGAAAACAGAAAAGGCGAAUACUGAGGAAGAGGCCUCGAAAAAUGCAAGUUUAAUGAUAAGACAGACUCCAAAUGACAAAUUGCCUGCUCAGACCUUUGAUGAAUAUCAGUGUUCAGGCAAUGUGGAGAUUGACUUCCCUGGUCUUUGUGCUCUUCUGGACAUGAAGGAUAUCCCAGCUGUCAUCACCAAACAACCAGCCUCCUCCACUGCUGAAACUGAAGGAGGAGACACGGAAGACACCCAGUCACAGACAAAUGCUGCACCUUUGUGGUCUAAACCAUGCCUCCAAGUGGAGCUGGAGACCGAAGACCCCCUCAGCACAAAGAGCCUGAAAGCUUCUGGAUGGAAGGUAGAUGAGCAGAUUGCCAGAGUGCUACAGAAGAUGCUUCCCUCCUUGAACAAGCUACAAAACCUUCAGUUUUGGCAGGCGGGACUGACAGAUCGAAUGGUAAUCUCCCUCAUGAACACAACAUCACUGUGCUCCAACCUCAGUGCUGUGACAUUGGAGGGCAACGCUCUUCCAGAGCAGAGCUACCACCUUCUUCUCUCUGAAGACAGCAACCUCACACACUUGUCCCUGCGAAAUAACCGGAUAGGAGAUGAAGUUGCUCGUGUAAUUGGGACGGCUCUCUCAACGACCAGAUCUGCCAAUAAGAGCCUCAUGUCACUCAACCUGGCAUUCAAUUCUAUUGGUGAUGCAGGUGCUUCACAUAUCGCACAAGGGCUGCGGUUGAAUCGUGCAUUGCUCUUUCUCUCACUCUCCAACAAUCAGAUUGGAGACUCCGGAGCUGCUCAUCUAGCUGCGAUACUAGGCGAGUUUGCUCUAACUCAUGAAGAAGUUGUGGAGAGGAGAAAGCUGCUUCUGGAAAGAAAGCAGUCACCUUUUAGGGGCGAUGCUGACCAGUCGCCUGCUGGCCAUCUUACCUCAGGUCCCAGUAGCACUUCACUGAGCAAAGGCACCUCCAAAAAAAAGGAAGCAUCAAAAAAAGACGAGAAACCAGCUGCCAACACAGAGAACCCAAAGUCUAACAAGAAAUCCUCUGAUAUAAAGGUGCCUCAAAGUAAAGGUGGAAAGCUGGGAGGCAAGGAGAAACCACUAUCUGCACAGGAGGAUAAAUCAAUUACUACCCCGAAUGAGGAAGAGGCGGUGGAAAUAGUGAACCCCCUGCUGGACCAGUCAGUGCAGCACAGGGAUGGUGAGAUUUUUCUGCCUGGGAACAGGACUCUCACCUCCCUUAACCUUGCAGGAAACAGAAUUACAGAGAAGUCGCUGCCUCUGUUCCUGAAGUCACUAGAGAUGCAGGGUGAGGGAGGAGGCCUGCUGCGUCUCUGUCUGCAGAGAAACCACUUCCCACCAGAGUGUGAGUGCUAUGUGAAGAUAAAGGAACUGAUGACACUCACAGAUCCAGUCGAAAAAAAUAGCUCUGAGCAGACAGAAGAGGAAGGACAUGGGGCAUAGUGCUGAGAGAACUGGCACCUACUUCUGCAGACUUCUACUGUAACUUUUGAUUUGAGAUAUAACAAUAAAAGUUCAUAUACAUUGGCUUAUA